AUGACAUGGAGCCAAGCAGACGGGCGGCUGCAGUAUCGCCCCCUAGCAUCAAGGGCAUUGCCCGAGGCAAAAGAGGCGGCACCCCUCACAGAGGGAGCGGGCGGCGACCCCGAGGCGCCGCUGCUGGACCCUCUUGACCACGACACUGUCGACUGGCGCGCCACAGGCCUUUGCUUCCUGUUCCCCGCGCUGGGCGGGCUGCUGUUUGGCUACGACAUCGGCGCCACCAGCGGCGUGCUCACGUCGCUCACCAACCCCCAGCUCAGCGGCACAGACUGGUCAAACCUGUCUGCCUUCCAGUCCGGCCUGGUGGUGUCGACGUCGCUGCUGGGGGCGCUGGCGGGCAGCCUGGUGGCGCUGGCGGCCGGCAACAGGCUGGGGCGGCGCACAGAGAUUCUGCUGGCGGCCCUGCUGUAUGGGGUCUCCUCUGCCAGCCUGGGCGCUGCAGACAGCCUCAACUGGCUGCUGGCCUGCAGGCUGGGCUAUGGCCUGGGCAUCGGGCUGGCCAUGCACGCAGCCCCAGCAUACAUCGCUGAGACUUCCCCUCCCACAGUCAGAGGCCUGCUCAUCAGCCUCAAGGAGGCCGCCAUAGUCGGCGGCAUUCUGCUGGGCUACUUCACGGGCUACGUGUUUGCGGACGACGUCGGCGGCUGGCGCAGCAUGUACGCCUGCGCCGCGCCGCUCGCGCUGGCGCUGGGACUGGGCAUGGCCUCGCUCCCCGAGUCCCCCCGCUGGCUUCUGCUCUCCGGCGCCGGCCGCGACGCCGCCGCCGCCGCCCUCGCGCGCGCGGAGGGCGCCCGCGCGGCCGACCCCCGCGUAGUCCAGGCCGAGCUCGACGCCAUGGUUACAGGCGCCGCGGCCGACGGCGGCGGCGGCGGCGGCAGCCAGGGGGGCGCGAAGCUGCUGGCGCUGUUUGGGGAGGCGCGGUACCGGCGGCCGCUGCUGAUUGGUUCGAGCCUGAUGCUGUUUCAGCAGAUCACGGGGCAGCCCAGCGUGCUGUACUACGCGAACCAGAUCUUUGAGAAGGCCGGCUUCUCUUCUGGCCAGGAGGCUGCGGAGGUGAGUGUGGUGCUGGGGGCGUUCAAGCUGCUGAUGACCAUCGUGGCCGUGGCCACAGUCGACAAGCUGGGCCGCCGCCCGCUGCUGCUGGCCGGCGUGAGCGGGAUGGUGGUCGCGCUGCUCGCGCUGGGCCUGGCGCAGGGCUCCGGCGGCGGCGGCGGCGGCGCGGUGGCGGGUGUCAGCGUGGUGGCGCUGCUGCUGUAUGUCGGCUGCUACCAAGUGUCCUUUGGGCCCAUUUCCUGGCUCAUAGUCGGAGAGGUGUUCCCCCUGGCGGUGCGCUCCCAGGCCAUCGCCCUGGCGGCGGUGAUGAACUACGCAUCAAACUUUGGGGUGUCCCUCGCACUGCCGACAGUGCAGGAGGCCGUGGGGCUGCCGGCCACGUACCUCGGUUUCGCUGGGGUGGGCGUCGUGGCGCUGCUGUCGAUAUACCUCACAGUGCCUGAGACCAAGGGCAAGACGCUUGAGGAGAUCGAGGCCAUGUGGUCAUCCGGCGGGACCACCGCGGCCGCGGCGAUCGCCGCCCCCAAGGCACGCGAUGAGGGCGGCAGCCAGUGA